AUGUGCAUAAUGAUCACGAUCCCGUCACUCGCCUGGCUGCGCCGCGCCGUGCGGCGGUGGUGCACCCGGAGCUCCGGUUCCGCGGCGGUGCCGGCGGGGCACGUGGCCGUGUGCGCCGAGGGCGCGCGGUUCGUGGUGUGGCUGGCGCACCUGGGCCACCCGGCGUUCCUGGAGCUGCUCAGGCAAGCGGAGGAGGAGUACGGCUUCGCGCCAACCUCUGGACCCGUCGCGCUCCCCUGCGACGAGGAUCGCCUCCGCGACGUCCUCUACCGCGUCUCCUUGUCAUCCAACUCCUACCAUGAGCGUCGCCCCUCCUUCCGCCGCUGCAACGUCGGAGACUCGCGGCCGCUUCUCCAGGGACUGGCCGGGGAGAAGCUCGCUUUAUGA